GAAGACAUUCAAGAACCUACUAAAAACAUAACUAUUUUUCCCAUUUAGGACUAUGCCAUUGCUGCACCAGGACUUAAGCAACACCGGAUAGUAGUGUCCAUGUGGAUUUAUCAAACUGUCAAAUUGGGAGACAUAAGGAAGCGCACUCUAUGGACCAUGCCUGUUUUGAAAAGCUGCAAGCCUGCUAUAUGAGGACAGCGGGGUCAAUUCCUCCUUUGCAAUCGGGAACUAGGAAACAAGGAGACAACGAAAGGUCAUCAGGAGCCAGAACAUCUAGUGCCAUGCCAGGGAUGAAGAGGAGAGAGGAGACUGUCUACUAGGAUGGACCAGGGUAAGGGCCGGCGGGAUGGUCUCUCCUCGGGCAGUGACAACCCUCGGCCGGUGCUGGGGUCCCGGGCCGGGCGGGACGGGGGCGUGGCUUGGAGGUGCCCGCGGACGCUGCUCCUGCACAAAAACUCUCAGGGUUUUGGGUUCACGCUGCGGCAUUUCAUCGUAUACCCACCGGAGUCCGCCCUGCAUAACAGCUUCACGGAUGAGGAAAAUGGGAAUGGCAACGGAAACGGAAAGGGGUACCAGAAGGGCCGCCUGGAGCCGAUGGACACCAUAUUUGUUAAAAACGUGAGAGAGAAGGGUCCCGCGCACCAGGCUGGUCUAUGCACAGGGGACCGUCUGGUGAAGGUGAAUGGGGAGAGUAUUCUUGGGAAGACAUAUUCGCAGGUGAUCGCUCUGAUUCAGAACAGUGAGAGCGUGCUGGAGCUUUCCAUUAUGCCCAAAGAUGAAGACGUGCUCCAGUUGGCGUACUCCCAAGAUGCCUACCUGACAGGCAACGAGCCGUACUCUGGGGGAGCGGAGCACCUCCCGCCCCCUCCUCCCCUCUCCUACUCUCGCACCAAGUCCCAGCCCCCUGCGGGGACACCCUCCCCGGGAUCUAUGGGCCAGAACCAGCUGGAUAACUGGACUCGCUGGCCCGGCUCUUCAGGUCCCUCUUCACCUUUGGACAACCGCUCUGCAGUGGGCAGCCCCCCCAGCUGGCAGGAGGGGCGUCCCGGAGACUCAGGGGGCGUGGGUCACAGCAGCCCCGCCCACCGCACCGAGGAGAUCCAGUACGGGAUGACCAGUCAGCAGCCCCAGGGCCAGACCAGGGGUCGGUCCUUCUCCUCUUCCUCCUCCUCGGGACCCCUGUCCACCCCGCUGCAGGUGCAUUUUCCCAACCAUAGCUCCUCCUCUCAGCCCCGAAAGUCCAACUCCGCCUGGAACAGCCCCCCCCAGCCCCAACCCCGCUGUGAGCGCACCCAGCAGGCCCUCUCAGAUUGGUACUACAGCCAGCGGCCCGAGCGACCCGGCCGCAGCACAGUGAGCAGACAGCGCAGCUACUCUCAGGACCGCCUCAGUGAGUACAAGAGGCAGCAGCAGCGCUCCGGAGGCUGGCCCCACAGCGCCUCCCAGGACACACUCUUCCUCCUGCAGCAGUCUGGACCAGGGCCUCAGGGGGAGCCCUACUGGUCCUAUGGGGACUAUGAGUCAGGACCAGGACGGGGCCAUUCCUCCAACUACACACGGACGCGCUCUGAGAACCUGCUGGCUCAGUACGACCACAGGGGACGCUCUAUGGAGAUGCUGGACCGGACCACUGUCUCCCCUCGCUUUGAGAGGUGGAACCAGCAGCCUCCUCAGCCGCCCCCCAGGAAUGACCUUUACCCCCGACAAACCGGACAUUAUGUGCCCCCCAAGGCUCCUGCGUCCUCCAGACACCCUCACCCCAAACACCCCACACCCCCACACUCCCAGCCCCCUCAGCAGCAGGCCGUGCCCCAGAGCCGCCGCCUGCCCCACACACAGAGCAUGGACGACCAGCCGGUGGGCUACCGCAGCUACAGCCCCUCCUUUUACCGAAAGACCGGGCGCAUCAUGCAGGCACACUCCUUCAGGGACCCUUCGUACUCUGGCCCACACUUGAACUGGAACCCAACCAGCCCCCCCGAGGCCAACCCUGCCCCCUUAGUGUCUUCAACCUCAUCCCCGCUCUCCUCAAGUGCUUCUGAGUCUCAGGACCGCUCAUAUCGGCCUACCAACCACGAGAGGGAGCGAGGGGCAACGGAAGAGGUGACAGCCCAAACGCAGGAGGUGGUCUUGAGACAGAAACCCCCCACGGGACGCAGGAACGCUCAGUGCUUAAGACAGGCCCACUACGCACUGCCCAUAGACGGACUCGAACCCUCGCUCUUUUCCCCGGACCAGGACCCGGGGGUAUCAGCCGAAGAAGGCACCUCACGAAAACCCAACGGCAGCUUGGCCCCCCUGCCUAUCGAGGACGACUCUCUAGCCUCUAUACCGUUCAUUGAUGAACCGACCAGUCCAAGCGCAGACCUGCGGGCGCGGCAUGUCCCAGCCUCUUCAGUGGUCUCCAGCGGCAUGUCUUCGGCGCCCCCUGUGGUCACCAGCCCCGCCUCCCCCACCUUCACCUUCCCCCUCACUAGGCUCUUCUCACAGGACUGCAGCAGUAUUAAAACGACUCGCCGUUCCUCCUAUCUUCUAGCAAUAACCACCGAGCGCUCCAAGUCAUGUGAUGAAGGACUCAACACCUUCCGGGAAGAGGGACACGUCUUUUCCAGGAGGUUACCAAAGAGAGUCAAGAGUUUCUUCACAGAUGGGUCUUUGGACAAUUUGGGCUCAGUGGAGGAGGUUCGGUCCAAACGCCAUUCGACCUCGGAGCUGGGGAAUAUCACGUACAGCGACGUCCUGAGAGAGGGAUGGCUGCACUACAAACAGAUCCUCACAGAGAAGGGGAAGAAGGUGGGCAGCAGCAUGCGUCCAUGGAAACGAGUCUUCUCUGUGCUGCGCUCCCAUUCGUUGUUCCUGUACAAAGACAAGAGGGAGGCGGUCCUACGAGGUGCUACGAUUGGGGGCGGAGCAGAGGACGAUCAGCCGAUCAGCAUCCGCGGCUGCCUGGUGGACAUCGCUUACAGUGAAACCAAACGGAAAAAUGCCCUCAGACUGACCACUCAGGACUUUUGCGAGUACCUGCUUCAAGCCGAAGACCGCGACGACAUGUUGGACUGGAUCAAGGUCAUCCGCGAGAACAGCAAGACCGACAAUGAGGAGCUUGGCACAUCCAGACAGGCCUUAAUCAGCAAGAAACUGAAUGACUACAGAAAGCAGAUUCCGACUGGUGUUAAGCCCGAUUCCUCUCCGCGUUUGCACCGAAUGAAGCCAAAUUUCCUCUCAACCAAAAGUGAAACUGCAGCCAGUGCCCCACGCUCACCAAAACCAGAAGGCAAAGAGGAGAGCAGCCCGCCCAAAUCUCCAUGGGGAAUCAAUAUCAUCAAAAAAUCAAAGAAGGCCGGACCUAAAGCCUUUGGAGUGAGGUUGGAGGACUGUCAGCCAGGUGCCAACAACAAGUUUAUCCCGAUGAUAGUGGAGAUCUGCUGUGGUCUGGUGGAGGAGAUGGGGCUGGAGUACACUGGGAUUUACAGAGUCCCCGGGAACAAUGCCAUGGUGUCUCUGCUCCAGGACCAGCUCAACAAAGGAGUGGACAUCAACCCCACAGAGGAGAAAUGGCAGGACCUCAAUGUCGUCAGCAGUUUACUCAAAUCCUUCUUUAGAAAACUCCCAGAGCCACUCUUCACCAACGACCAUUACAACGAUUUCAUAGACGCCAAUCGGACAGAGAAUGCAUCAGACCGACUCAAAACUAUGAAGAAACUAAUACGAGACCUCCCUGAUCAUUACUACCACACACUGAAGUUCCUGGUUAUGCACUUGAAGACAGUGGCAGAUCAUUCAGAUAAGAAUAAGAUGGAGCCUCGAAACCUGGCGCUGGUCUUUGGUCCCACUUUGGUGAGAACAUCCGAGGACAACAUGAAAGACAUGGUCACGCACAUGCCUGACCGAUACAAGAUCGUGGAGACCCUGAUACAACAUUGCCUGUGGUUUUUCGAUGAAGAGAAUGACAAGGACGAAAAGACCCCAGUCGACACAGAGGACGUGCAGCCGGCUCCAAAUAUCGACCAUCUGCUUUCAAAUAUCGGCCGCACGGGGCUGCUCGGAGAGGCCUCAGACUCAACCAACAGUGACUCAGCGAAAUCAAAGGGGUCAUGGGGGUCAAAGAAGGAUCUCACCGCCAGCCUGACCCUGUCCAUCAUGUCGGCCGUCACUGGCCGCAAACGCCGCAAACGCCACAACGGACGCCGGGUGGGCAGUAGCACGGACGACGACUCCGAGCACGAGCCAAUCAGAGCGGGCCAUAUGGGGACAGAGGAAGAGGAGGAGGAAGCAGAGGAAGACGGAGAAUCGCCAACAGUGGCUCCUUGUGCUGAAGGGGAAAUCGACGAGGAUGACGACGAUGUCGGGGAGGAAGAGGAAGCGGUUGCGAAAUCCGAAGAAAAGGAGGCGGGGCUUGUUAAGGAGGAAGUAGAGGGAGUAGAGACGCACGAGGAGGUAGACACGCAAGUUAAAGAGACUCAUUGGAGAGCUGUAGACGACGCACGCUCUAUUGUGUCGGGGUACUCCACUCUGUCGACUUUGGGGCGGAGUUUAGGCUCGGAGGGGCGGGGCGAAGACGCCGACGACGAGCACAGUGAACUGGUCAGCGAAACGGACAAUGAAAGCGGUUUUGCGUCGCGCUCACUCACUCAAGAAAGGCCAGAGAAAAAACAAAACGACCAAGCUAAUCCUCAAACACCUACCGCACCACGUAGCUUUCUGUAUACGCAAUACAAGCAGCCUGUUGUGGCGUCUACCAGUUUGCUAGCUCCACUUACGUCUGAUUUGGGAGAGAGGGGCGAUGGAGGGGCGCGGUCAACUACACCAUCAUCUUCGUCAUUUUCUUCAUCAUCAACAGCUCAUAAACUGCACUCCCGGCCUUCUUUUAACUCCCAUAAACUCAUACAGUGUGACACUUUGGCUCGCAAGAAGUUGAAAGGGGAGAAAGUGAAAGCCAAGUCCUUAGAUUUGAUAGAGGUACCAGGCAGCGACAGCUCAGAGGGUCGAGUGAGACGGGAUACAUCUAGAACCAACCCGUCGUCUGCAAGUAGCCAGGAAAGUUUACGAUUAGCUAGACCUAAACCGGCCGUAGCCCCCGUGGAAGCUACCUCCUUCACUCCAAAAGGUCCAAACGGGGGACGAUCUUUAGCCGAACAAGUGCGCGCUCGCUUGAUGGGGUCCGCAGACGACCUCCGCAGUGUGGGGAUGAGGAAGCCGCUGUCCCCUGAGACGAGGCGCAAGAGGAGGGCGUGGAGGAGGCACACGGUGGUGGCAUCUCCGACAGAAAAUCCAGACCGAAGACCCCCGCUGGUUAACGAUUUCCCCCUUUCUCCCAUUAAUCCAAACCAGGUCAAAACGCAGCGACUGAGCCAGGACACAGACGUGGGGGGGCAGGGGCCGAGGCAAACGCCCACCUCAAGGUUUCACCAGUAUCUAUGAGAGGGAGUCGGGACGGUCCGGCUUUACGACUAUGAAGCUGGUUCCGCAGGUCUGUAAGCUGCGGUUAUGUCAAAAUCUGCCCUCCCCCCAGAACUUCAUAUGAAACAUAAAAUUAUACCACUAUUUAGCUACUGAUACAUUUCUAUUCAACUCAAAUGUGUAAGGGGUUUUAAAAAUAUUACAUCAGUACAUCAGUUUUGUCCAAAAAUCGAGUUAAUAUGUGGCUUUUAAAUGACCAUUUUUGGAUUACAAAGUUGAAUUGUAACCACACAUAAUCCCAGGCUAAAGCAGAGAUGAAACAAACACUUAAAAUACAAAAAUACAAGUACUUCUUAAGGCACGUUCAAAGUGUAUGCCCUUCCUUCCAUUAGCCUGAUUUUUUAAACGUUUCUCACCAAAUCCCACCAGAAUGUAGUAAAAGUUAUUUUCUGUAAAAGGUGUAAAUCCAGAUCUAACCUAAGACCCAGUGGAGGAAGAAGUACUCAGUUUUGUUCCUUAAAUAAAAGUACAGAUACUGGAUGAAAAAAUCUACUAAAGUAAAAGUAUUAAAGUAUCUGUUUAAAAAUGUACUAAGAGUAAAAAAUAAAAGUAUUUCGCACAUAUUUUGAGGUCUUAUGAAGCUUUGAAUGUAGUGAUUUUGAUAAAGAGUUUGUUCAACAGAAACAACUGAGGUUUUAUUUGGUAUAUUUUGUUUGCUCAAACUACGAACAUGUUAGAAAUCAGACAGACAAUAAUAAAAAAUACUUUUACUUUUCAGUCCUGUUUAAAAAAUGUAGUGGAGUAGAAAGUACAGAUACCUGCUCUCAAAUGUAGUGAAAUGAAAGUAAAAAGUCAAGUACAAAUACCUAAAAUGUAUACUUAGUGCCGUACUUUACUACUUCUACUUUGUUACGUUCCACCACUGGUCUAAAUCAGAUCUAAAAAUAUAACUACAGCAUGAUUUCAGUAGUUCUGAACCAGGAAGAACUCAAAGAAGGACAAAAAUCUGAACAAACUUGACUCUAAAUCAAACAAACACAACUGCACCACAAGAAGCAGCCCGCAUACCGCCAGUACCACAGUUUGAGAAACCCUGUCAUAGCCCAUUUUACGAUACCCAGAUACAUAUUAAUAUAAUCUAUGAUGUAGCCAAAGCACCAAUGGGAGAGUCGACAUUUUGUGAUUUCAACAGGGGGGCAGAACUUGGCAGAACACCAGCUCAGUUGUGGUCAGUGUCAAUUCAUUUGUAAUUCAUUUUUGCAGCGUCCUGUUUCUUUGUUUGUGUUUCCGAGGCCUCGUUUGCAUUACACGAGGCGCCUCAGUGUUGCCAAAGCUUUAUUUCCCAAUGUGUGCGCUUUUUAAUACAAACUUUGUUACACUUUUUAACAGCCAAGAAUUCAUUUGUGAAUUUGGACCAGGGCAUGUUCAUUUUUGUAUGGUUUUUCUUAUCAAGUGACCAGACAAGAGGCAAGAACUGGCCUGUUUGCUGUUGCUUGGGACCAUGGUGCUUCUUCUACACAAUGCGGUGCAAAGACAGAUAAACCGAAAUAGCCAAAUAAUACAACUAUGGCAAGCUAUAAAACCAGUCAAAUGGAUUUUAAUGCAUUUCAAUAGGGAAUUCAGUUUUGGGGCCAGAACUGAUUUUUCUUAUUGGGUCUUCCUGUAAUCCGCCGAAUUGGACCACUGUAACAACUCUAUUACAACUUACUGUGUGUACGUGUUAAUAUAAUAUGUUUGUGCUUUAAAAUAUGUGUGUUUUGUAACAUUUGUACAAAGCCUUGUUAAGUUAACCGUGUAAAUAUAAAAAAUAUGUAAUUUUGUUUUAACUUUUUUAGUUUGUUUUCUAUGGUUUACAAAAGUGCGUUCCAGUGCACAGUCAUUUCUUUCAAGGCGUUACUUGAAAUGUUUCCUUUUAAUAUAUUUUAUUAUGUUGAUUUUAUAUUCGAUCUAUAUAAAUAUUAUAUAUUUUGUAUUAAAGUAAAAAAAAAAAUAUUGUGAUCACCUGAACAAGGAAACACACCCGACCUUAUUCCUAUAGAUGGCCUUUGGUUUGGAACGCGGUGCAGAUCACGUUCACCUGCACAGUUUGGUCUUUACAUGUAGCAAAGUGUAAUCAGGCAAAAGAGGUGUCCAGUUCUACGGCAGCUUAAGCCCUCGUCACUCAUGGGGUCACUCAAAAACGUCGCUAUAGAUUUUUACAGAUCCUAAAUGCACUGGACAAGUGUACUUUACUGCGCAAUGUUAGACAGGUUUACAUGGAAGUGCUGUGUUUCAACAACAUCACAACUCUCUAUAGACCAAUCAUAUUUAAGACAGAUGAGGGGAAGCUAAAAUGAAUACUGUUAAAAUGUAGGUUUUUGGAGUUGCUAGUCGCUAACGGAAAUGAUCAGGUUCAACAUUUGUGAAUUUAUCUUUUGGAUAUUUCACUGCAAAGUACAAUGUAAUUAUAAUAGAGAGGCUCUGAGACUAUGACGUCAUCACAAUCUACAAUCUGAAAACCACCAGUGAUGAGUAAGACCGUUGCCAUAGUAAUUGACCAUUUAAAACCAAGUCUUCAAAAGCUCGUAUAUAAAAACGGUUGCAGAGAAAUUGUUAACAUCAGAAGCAGUUGGUGAGCCUUUGCCGCAAUGUUAAAGACACUUUGAGCUAGAUAAACAAACUUUUUACUGAUAAAUUCUCGUCCCAUCUGGCAACAAAACAGAGCUAUGCAAUGAAUCAGAUUUGAAUCAAGAUACAGGGGGUCAGAGUUUAGAAGUCUGAAGAAACAUGACCGUUUUUAGCGUGAAAUGGCAACGUUUAAAAGUUUGUAGUGUUUAUUUUACGUAAAUUAAUAUUUAAAGUAACAGUGUUUGUUUUGAACGAGACCAAAUGAAAUCAAAAGUGACAGCUGGCAUAAAUCUGUAUGAGGAAAAGAUUGAUGACUGAACAAGAAAACCAGUGUAUUUAAAAUGCUAAAGUCUCAUACAUCUGUUUAUAAAAACACUCCUAGUUGAAACACCAUAUUGUUCUUCUAUUUAAAGUCUCACCUGGUUUAAAACAUUGCACAGUUUUGUACUUAAACUUCAUUGUAAAGUCACGGAUCCACCAAACCGGAGCAUUUUCCCAACACAGUCCAGUGCAAAAAACUAUCCCUCCUCCCAUCUGUCGCAAACAACAUGUUUUCUACACCUCUCCCUCUGAGGGCUUGUAUCUGUCAACACACUUAUCACCAAGAGGUUUUACUAUUAAGUAUUUUCCACUGGGUCAGGAUCUUAAUAAAUCCUUGCUAACUUGGGAAUAUACGGUACGUUAGCUACGGUGAAUACAACAAGUAGAUUAGCAAGAGUUCUAUCGUUUUAUAUUGACUUUGGAACCAAAAAACAUCACAAAAACAUUGAGUUAGAAGUUAGAAAAGUAAGAAGAAGUUGGUUUUCCUUGCAUGACUUCUUCGGGAAUUCAGUUAUAGCAAAAUGAAUAAGUUAUGUCUUACCUCAAGGUUUUUCUCCAAGUGCCUGAUUUCUGAAUGUGUUUGUCCUGCAGUGCCAUGGUCAGUUCUCAUUAUGGUAUUUCUGUGUUUUGUAAAUGGGGUCCAAUUAUAACUUAUAAUUGGCUAAUCUAAUCCUGUGCGUUUUUGCUAGCGCGUUUGGAAUUUGAAUGGGUUUACAGGAGCAGCAGUGCAUCGGCUGAGAACACUGUUUAAAUGUAUUGAUGUAGUAGCUCAUUUGGUGCAGCGUUCGUCCGGGUAUCCGAAGGUUUCUGGUUCGAAUCCCGCUGUGUGUGUCUUGAAGAUAUAAAAACGUGACCUUUUACCAUGUUUAUAGACCCAUGUUUAGUUCUUAGGUCCAUAAAACAAAACUUGUGCCAGUUUGCUUGCGUGCUGUGAUAAGCAAAGUGAAACAAAUGUGACAUAAGGUUUACAUCAGAUGCCCUCCGCAAUGCAUGUAUCUAUUUUUUUUCCUUCAGUUGGCCACAAUAAAACAAAACAUAAAACUAUUUUAUCACCACGUCGUUCAUAACAGUUUGUAACAAGUUAUUUCAAGUUUCUUUACUCCAACAUUGACCCCAUUUACUUACCACAGAAUCGCCCAUCUUAAACUCUUUUUCGUUUUUCGUUCUCAAUUUCUGUUAUUAAUAGUGCAUAGUCCAAAGAUAUUGUACAUUUACUUGUAUAUUAGAGGCUGUAAAAAGCACACAUUUAGCCAAGGACAUGUCUAUGCACUCUCCACAUUAGCCACUACUACCGUCUGCUGCUUUUUCCUCUCUCUCCACCAGGUAGCCUCUUCUUGCCUAUAACAAUAUGGUACACGUUUCCAGCCCUGUUCUUUACAAACAGCAUUUAAUGACAACUUUCAACUGUCAACAAAACACCUCUGGAGUGAAUACGUUGUCUAAAAAGUGCUCAAUUUUAAACUUUUGUAUAUACUAUCUUAAUAUGUAACAUGCCGUAUUGUUGUGUACAGUUUGAAUUGCAUUGGACUAAUACGACCGGACCGUUUGGCUCAAUGGCUGUGUGCUUUAAAGUAAUGUUAUGUCAUGUAAAUAAACAGAUGUAUGGUUAA